AUGUUUUUCUCCACAUUAAGACUCUGUAUAGUGCUCAAUAUCGCCGCUUCGACUUGGUAUAUUGCUAUGCAGCUUUCUACAGGGGCUGAUGUCACAGCCAUUUACAAUUCUUCUGCUUUCACCGCAUAUGUAUUUGCUAUUCCCCUUUUACACGAGGCUUUUUCUUGGUUGAAAGCCAGCUCCGUUAUUAUUGCAAUCACAGGGGUUGCUGUUGUUGCCUACGGUGGCCCUUCAGAUUCACAAGACACUUCAAAGUAUCCUCAUAGAUUAUUAGGUGACUCGAUUAUCCUUGGAGGUGCCAUCCUAUACGGGUUCUAUGAGGUUCUCUACAAGAAAGAGUGUUGCCCUCCUUCUGGUGAUGUUAGCGCUCGAAGAGAGGCCACUUUCUCUAAUUUUACCAUGUGUCUCAUCGGUAUAAAUAGCUGCAUAGUACUUUCUUUGCUUUUAUUGGUUGCACACUUGCUUGGUUUCUAUACGGUACACCUUCCUAAAGGAACUUCUGCCUGGUGGAUUGUUAUCCUAUCCAUUUUAAGUAACAUGGUGUUUACUCUUUCUUUUCUCGGUCUUAUGUCUCUAACUUCACCAGUGUUUUCUUCCGUGGCUUCUUUGCUUACUAUUUUGCUUGUGGGAGCUACAGAGUGGAUGUUCAGGGGUAUAUCUAUUGGCUGGCUUCAACUACUAGGAUACUGUUUUAUUAUGACAGGAUUUGGUCUGCUUACGUACGCAAGUUGGUCUGAGAUAUCCGAGGAAGAUACAGAAGAUCAACUUAUUGAUACCGAUACGGAAUCCUCCUACAGUAAUGUUGUUUCAGUUGCAUUUGCACUCAGAGCACUGACAUUUAGUGCAUUUGCACUCAGAGCACUGACAUUUAGUGCAUUUGCACUCGGAGCACUGACAUUUAGUGCAUUUGCACUCAGAGCACUGACAUUUGGUGCAUUUGCACUCAGAGCACUGACAUUUGGUGCAUUUGCACUCAGAGCACUGACAUUUGGUGCAUUUGCACUCAGAGCACUGACAUUUGGUGCAUUUGCACUCAGAGCACUGACAUUUGGUGCAUUUGCACUCGGAGCACUGACAUUUAGUGCAUUUGCACUCAGAGCACUGACAUUUGGUGCAUUUGCACUCAGAGCACUGACAUUUGGUGCAUUUGCACUCAGAGCACUGACAUUUGGUGCAUUUGCACUCAGAGCACUGACAUUUGGUGCAUUUGCACUCAGAGCACUGACAUUUGGUGCAUUUGCACUCGGAGCACUGACAUUUAGUGCAUUUGCACUCAGAGCACUGACAUUUGGUGCAUUUGCACUCGGAGCACUGACAUUUGGUGCAUUGGCAGCUCUUAUCUGA